AUGAACAGAUAUAUCAAAAAUCCAUACUUUAACAACAGUAAUAAAUAAGAUGAAUAAAAGGAUAUUGAAUUUAAACAAAAUCCAUUUAAAUUCUAAAAAGAUCCUGAACCCGCAAAAAAACCAGAUAAUAAUUUCAAUAGCUUUUUCAACUUUCCCAAUCGAAAUGAAAAAAAAGAUGACAUGAAUUUAAAUACCGAUCCAAUGAAAGCUUAAAACAACACAAAAGAGAAGAAAGAAUGGAAUGGAGAUUUUUAUUAUGCUGAAAUAAAUGAAAUGCACAUUCCUAUUCCUACUUUUGUUCAAUUUACAAUCAUAGAUUAGAUAUUCAAUCUUUUAGAACAAGCUUAAAAUUAAGUUAAUGAUUAAUUCGACAAUCCAAAAUUAAAAAACUAAUUUUUAGAAAAGAUACACAAAGUAUUUAUUAAAAAAAAUGAGGUUUUAAUAGAUAAGUAUGGUAAAAAACCUUAAGAAGAAAAACCCAAAGAAACAGAUAACACAGACUAACCUAGAGUAAAGAAUAUAAAUCCAAGACAAGAGCAUAAACGUUAAGAAUCAGGAAAUAAUUUGGAAAAACAUUUGGAAAGAGAGGGUAAACUUUUCAAUAUUAACUUUAAACCAAAUAAAAUUGAAGACGACAGAUAAUCUCAUAAUUCAUAAGCAUCGAAUUAAUCUUAAUUUAAUUAAAGUUUAAUUUAGAAAUACAAAAUUCAUAACAAAUAUUAAUUAAAUAGCUAUGAGAAUGAUUUGAAAAAAUUUUUAGUGUAAUCAAUAAAUUACAGCUAACAAAAUUGCUUUAAAAUAUAUUAAGAUAUUUAGCAAUAAAUAUAAUUAAAAAAAGAUGAAUAAUAAGUAAAAAAUAAGAAAACAAAUAAAAUCAAAAACCCUUACUUAUAUAGUGAUAAUGACUAUCAAAUAAAUGAAGAAUAGUUUGAUAAAAUCAUGAAAAUUGUUGAUAAGUUUGGUGUAGAUAGGUGUUAAGUAUAGGAAAAAAUAAACUCAGCUCUUAAAACUGAGACUAUAACUAUCAAUUUUAAAGAAAAUAAGGUAUUGAAAACUAUUACAUAUUCAAUAUUAUAUCGUAGCAUUUGCUAGUAAGAGCUUGAGGGUGCAAAGAAGUUUAUUUACAAGAUUUUAGGCUAUAUCAACCCAAAAUCAAAAGGAAUAGAAUCUGAAAAUUUUCUUCUCAGACAAAUUUUCUUACAAUUUUUAUGUAUUUUGAUAACUAACACUGACUAUAAAAAGUAAGCAACCGAAUUCUUAAAUACUAUUUUUAGUUUUGAGUUUUUGUCUUCAUUAAUUUUUGAUUACAUGUUGAACUCAGCCUAAAAAAUGCUCAAAUUAAAAAAUUCGGAUGAAUGUGGAAUAAAUGAGCAUAUAGAAUGUUUAGCAAAAGGAUAUUACUUAGACUUAUUGUUAAUUGAUCGCAGUUAAAAUGUUAAAAGAAGUAAUCAUAGCAAACAAGAUAAUUUGGGAUCUAAUUUAAUUUUUAUUUAUUUCGAAUAAACUUUAAACUAAGAUCCAAAAUAAGCAGUUUACUUUGUCAUUAAUCCUAAUGACUAGCUACUUGCUUUUGUGUGA